UUCUUUAAUAUUGACCACCAAGUAUAUUGUGGCUGUUCUGCUGUAUCUUGUUUCCUCCGUCAGCGGUUUCCUCUCAAGGUAACCAGGAUACUUCAUGUAGCCGUGAAAUGGAGGGCCAGCCAGUGGACGGACCGUGCGGUCAGCGGUGUAUCUGUUUGAAUGAGAGAAUGCAGUAUUGCUGCAGACAAAGAAAGAACUUUCCAUCAAUGACACGGAGUGAAAGACUUCGUUAUGUAAACACGGUGAUCAAAGCGUCUACUGAUGUUCGUUAUAGACAUGAAUACAACCAAAUCAUCGCUUCACACAAGAGGCUUUUUGAUACUGGCAUUCAUGAUAAACAGCAGUUUUUACCUUGGCACCGUUGGUUUCUUCUCCUUUUUGAAAACUUACUGCGAACUGUAGACUGUCGUGUGACCCUGCCUUAUUGGGAUUGGAGUUUAUUCCCCGGGGCCGCCUGGCAGAGGGGCACUGAUGACAUUUGGUCGAACAAACCAUGGGGACUGGGUGGGAACGGGAAUAGACAAAGGAGAGGAUGUGUGCAAGAUGGACGUUUCGGGCAACGAAGAUGGAAAUUAACUCCAUCGGCUAGACGAGGCUGUCUUCAGAGAGCGUUCUCUGGUAAGUGCAGUGAUUCUAAACCACCCGAUAUAAUCGCUCUUUAUUUGACGAAAGCGCAUUCUCCACGCGAGUUCACGGAGUUUGAGCUGGACGUCCGCGCGAAUCUACACGACACUGUCCACUGUCGUGUAGGAGGCACGAUGUGUGCCCACAACUCCGCUAACGCGCCGGAGUUCUUCCUCCAUCACGCGUUCAUUGACAAGAUAUGGGCCGAUUGGCAGGAAAAGAGCACCUCUCAUAUGUUUGCCUAUUUCGACAAUCUUCGGGAUGAUCUCCGCAUGCAGGAAGCACAGUUUCACCCCAGGGAUUACGUAGACACUUUGUAUAUGCCACAUCCUGAUAUCGAUAGCUCUGAAGAUGAAGGUCGAGUCUGUGUGGUGUAUCAAGACCCAGUUCAUCCUUUGUAUAAUGAAAUCAUGAAGCGUCUCGAGAGCUUAACCACAAGGGAAAUUCGUCGGAUUCCUCGGCUUCCCUUCCGCCCGGCCACCGCGCGCCAGCUACGAAAUCUUGGAGUUCACCGUAAAGAACGACGCAAAGCAAAGAAGCUGCUAAAAAAGGAACUUCAGCCUGAGAAAAGACUUCAAUAUAAGCAGCUAAGAAAAAUUUAUGACAAAAUGCUAGGUUUUCGCUUAACAGAUCUCCCUUUCAGAUUUUCAGCAAAGGACAGCCCAUCCAGUAACAGUCUCAUGUACGAUCGAUGGCUGGCGAAAGCUGCAAAUACCACGGGAUUCCGUGCCAAAGAUGUCAAGUCUUCCCGUUUUCAAAACAUUUCGAAAUGCGAUGAGUGCACUAUUCAAUAUUUAGAAAGUUUUGACAAAGUUUUCAACAAAUCAAAAAGAUUUAUUACAAGUUAUUGGUGCGAAUGCGGCAUAAGACUCUAUCUCCUUUUCUUUUCUUUAACCUUUCUAGUUGUUUUCCUAAUUUUCACGUUGUUUAAUUCUUUUACAGCUAAACCACCCGAUAUAAUCGCUCUUUAUUUGACGAAAGCGCAUUCUCCACGCGAGUUCACGGAGUUUGAGCUGGACGUCCGCGCGAAUCUACACGACACUGUCCACUGUCGUGUAGGAGGCACGAUGUGUGCCCACAACUCCGCUAACGCGCCGGAGUUCUUCCUCCAUCACGCGUUCAUUGACAAGAUAUGGGCCGAUUGGCAGGAAAAGAGCACCUCUCAUAUGUUUGCCUAUUUCGACAAUCUUCGGGAUGAUCUCCGCAUGCAGGAAGCACAGUUUCACCCCAGGGAUUACGUAGACACUUUGUAUAUGCCACAUCCUGAUAUCGAUAGCUCUGAAGAUGAAGGUCGAGUCUGUGUGGUGUAUCAAGACCCAGUUCAUCCUUUGUAUAAUGAAAUCAUGAAGCGUCUCGAGAGCUUAACCACAAGGGAAAUUCGUCGGAUUCCUCGGCUUCCCUUCCGCCCGGCCACCGCGCGCCAGCUACGAAAUCUUGGAGUUCACCGUAAAGAACGACGCAAAGCAAAGAAGCUGCUAAAAAAGGAACUUCAGCCUGAGAAAAGACUUCAAUAUAAGCAGCUAAGAAAAAUUUAUGACAAAAUGCUAGGUUUUCGCUUAACAGAUCUCCCUUUCAGAUUUUCAGCAAAGGACAGCCCAUCCAGUAACAGUCUCAUGUACGAUCGAUGGCUGGCGAAAGCUGCAAAUACCACGGGAUUCCGUGCCAAAGAUGUCAAGUCUUCCCGUUUUCAAAACAUUUCGAGUACAUUCGUUUAAUGCAAAAUUUAUUUGUAAACGAAAUUCGUAGCUCCUUUAAAACUAAAGAUGAGUCUUAAAUUUCGUUUUUGUUCUAGAAUGCGAUGAGUGCACUAUUCAAUAUUUAGAAAGUUUUGACAAAGUUUUCAACAAAUCAAAAAGAUUUAUUACAAGGUUUAUUAAAAAAUUGUCAAAUAUAAUUUCAAGAUGUUUGAAUGAAAGGAUUAAAAAAGAUAUUACCCAGACUAAUGCGUCUCUUUUAUUAACACAGCUUACCAGGCAGGGGUCGGUGAGCGAGAUGAGGGCUUCAGAAAUACCGCUGUGCAAGUAAUUUGUUGGCUUGAGACUUUUUCAAGAACAAAAAUAA